AUGCUAUUUACAAUUUCUACGUUGUUUUGCCGACUCCAUAACAACUCCCAUAACCAAUCUGCCGGCAGGUGCUCUCGUAAGCUAAUCAGUCGUCGAAGAGAAGGAAUGGCCGAAGGUGAACUCACGGAGGGUGGUGCCAUUCAGCUUUAACCCUGUCUAUUCGAAAAUGCAGCCGGCAGAGAUUGAAAUCGAGUGUCGCCACGCCCGCUUAUCCAUUGUCGAGAUUGAAAACGAAGCCGAAAAAUGCGCUCAUUUGAAAGAAAGGAUGCAUCCCAACCAAAAAAAGAGAGUACAUGAAAAGCCCAAAAAAUCGCAAAACAUUUUUUGUACUAUCCAUUCUCUUUGGAUCAUUGUCCAGCUUUCAACCGAAAAGAUCUACGGUAGAAGAAUUCUUCGAAGACGUCGGCCGGCCAUUGGCGGAGAAGUGGGCGUGGUCGAAAACGGCGCCAGUACUUCUGCGUCGCGCGCCAUCCGGCUCAUACUCCCUUUUCCAGCUCGCCGAGCCUUCCACCACUUUUUCACCACCUCUUCACGUGUUUGUUAUAGUUCGCCACUAUUAUGAUAUUAGUUAGUCUUCAUCUUUCUCAAAUUAAAUUGUAAGCUGGAAUCAGCCGAACAUCUCUUCAUUCAAGCAUUGAGAAGCUUUUUAAUCAUUUUAUGAGACAGAUUCGGCUAAGCUUUUUUAAUGCGCAUUAUGGAAUGAGAAAGACAAACUUCGAAAAUCGGAAUAACCUCUUUUUAUAGAUGCAACCUGCAUUCCAAUCAUGAACGGCAGGAUGAUAUGCUUCUGAGUUUGAUCAAAUCUAAUUCUGAAAGAUUGAAGCUCUCUUACGUUUCCUACCGUACGAUACUUACGCGAAUCGGCAUCGCCAAACAUCAUUUUUGAACAAUCUGUUUCAAUUCUGUAAAAAUUCUAAUGUUUCCUCUUUUAUGCAGAAGCGCUCGGCAGUCAUAACCCUGAUAUUCAUUUCAGAUGCCUUUCAAAACUUUACGAUACUCAAUCUCCACUUCAAGCGUUAUUGAAAUUUGGAAGCUUUUCUAAAUGCCAUCAAAACCCACAGAUACUUUUGAGAACAGAAUUUUUUUUGAAUUCAUACACACAGAAAAAUGGGAAAAAAUGGAUCGGUGAUGUUUUUUUUCCUUGUCAGAGCAUCAUAUAAAGUCUGUUAUUUAAUGCACCCUUUUUACGUUUCGCGAUCAUCUUUUAGUUUCAUUGGUUUCAAUAGUUUCUAGGAAAGGGAAGAAUAAAAAGACGAUCAAACUGGAGUGUCUCUUUCACUACGACAUGCUCGAAGGGAGCGUGGAGGAGCAUUCCAGACGCGAAGAAUCCUCCAUCGCCGCCAGGUCUUCGAGAGAAGGUAUUUUUUCAUAAAUUUUCUUGAAAAAUUCUGUAUUGCUAAGAACUUUCUGCGAACUUUCAACCUUUCACUCUAAACUUCUCUUCUGUACAUUCAAAUCAUUUUAAUAUUUCUCCUUUAAGUUUUCUACCACUUUCUCAUUCUCAGCCCACUUUAAAUCUGUUGCCAACAAGUUUCACAACUUCCAGAAAUUCGUGAAAUAUUUCGGAAAAACUUAGAAAUAGGCAGCCUUACAUGAGGAACGGCUUCUUCGGACUGUGGGUGUAAGGGACGAGAGAAGCCAAAAUGUGGCGCUUAUCCACGGGGAUGAACGGCUUUUGGCACUUUGUGGACCUCUCCGAGGCUAGUAUUUAUCAUAACAUCAAAAAUAACUUCACGUGAAUGGGUCAACUGUUGAAUCACUUUGGGUUGCCUCAAAAGUUUCGAGCAAGUUUAGAAUUCGGCAUUCAACUUGAAAACGGCUCUAGAUGCCCGAAAUCGCUUUUAAUGAGGCGUUUUUUAAACAAAAAAAAGAACACUUGAACCGUUUUUUUAAUUUAACUUAUUGUGAAAUUUUUUUGAAUUUCAUUGACUGUUGAUAUGAUGAAAAAAACGUGGAACUCCAACAAAAUUGGCCAAAUCAAGAAAAAAAUCCGAUCUUUGUAUAAAAAGAUAAAAAGCAUGAAGGCUGUCUCAAUGUUCCCAGAUUAUCAACACGCCUUCUACCAAAGUUCAAAACGGAUUUUUCUUUUUUUGGCAGAAAAAUAAAUGAUUCAGACAAACUAAAAUAUCUCAAAAAUUUCCUUUUGAGCAAGAUCGGGAAACAUGAAUUGAACGAGGAAAAAAAUAUCCAUUUUUUUGAUAGAAGUAAACUUUUAAAUUUUUUUGGCAAUUUAUUCCAGCGAAAUCGUUGUGUUCAAAAAAAUUAUUUGAAAAAAAUUUAGUUAUUUCAAAAAUUUUAGUCUUUUAGUUUCUGAUGAAUCACCAACACUACAUUUGGAAAAUUUGCUCAGAUUCACAACUUUUGAGUAGGCGUUUAAAAAUAGUUUGUUUUCAAACUUUUCAUCAAUUCAUCUGCCCUACAAUUUUCCCAGUCCGAAGCUCCUAUAACGCAAAUCUUUUCAAGGUUAGAAAAAUGUGAUCGGAAUAAUCUCUUAAGGGAUCAUAACUUUUUCAACACAAGUGAAGUUCUUUGAAAGCUCAAGAUUGCAUCUACAUAGAAAAUUUUUCCGAUUUUCUGCCUCAAUAUUUUUUUUUUCACUAUCAUAUUUCGAUCUGAAUUUCGAACAGUUAAAUGAUGAUCAAAAAAAUAGAUACACUUGUAUCAGAAAACCAGUUAUCUACUAUCCUUUUUCUUUUUCAUAAACUCUGGGACAUAAAAAAAUCGGAAAACUUCCUGUUUUGUGGAAGAUCAAUAAAGUUUCAAGUGGUAGAUAAAAAAACUUCAAUCUUAGCAGGGGGUUUUGACUUUUUUUGACGAGAGAACCUCUGGAAGAAUCAUACGAAACAAAUGAACGGUUAUUGUAAUCCUACGGACUAACUCUGACUUCCAGCAAAAAUAAACCCAAAAGGUGUUUUGAAAUUUAAAUUAUUUUCUUGAUAUUUUUUCAGUUUUCGUUUGGAAAAUCAGAGCCUUCCCUCGGAAAAGUUAGAGAGCCAUAACAAAACUCGACAAAAAAGGCGAGACAAAAGCCUUGUUUGUUUUUAUGUAAAUGCGAGAAGCCAAAUGACUCCGGGUGGCGGUUGGAUGUAGCUGGUUGAACGGAGGUGUUAACCUGCCCACACCUGUCUGUUUACUUCACGAUUGAAUGUCAUCCAUUUGCGGCUUUUCCCGGGGUUCACAUGUUGCCGCUGCUCUUCUGAACGCAUGUGUUUUUCGCCGCCAGCUUUCGACUGUGCCCUUGUCCCUUUUCCGGGUGAGAUUUCUGAGUUUAAUAAGGAUUUCCCAAUGGUUUUGCAGUUGUCGAAAUUUUAGGGCUAGAUAAGUGGGUUUUGAACUCGUGAAAAUUAGGUUUAAGAAAAAUUAAAUCAAGUUGCAAAGCUUUUUAAGAAGAUAUAUUAAGACAUUUCUUGAUAUUUUUGAAAAAAAGAAAAAAAGUCACGGUGAAAUUCAAGAUGCUGAGAUUCUGAUAAAAGUUUGAAUACUGCUUUUUUUGCUGGACUUUGAGGACGGUUUUUAAAAUAAUUUGUAUCAGAAGAGUUUCAAUUGACUAAACUUUUUUCAUGAAAUCCGAUUUGGAUGAAGAUACAUCAUCUUUGAAAAGUUCCCUCCGAGCUCAGCAUUUAAAAAAAACUUUUCAUCAAAAAAGACAUCAAUUCUUCUUUAAUUACCGCAGUUUUGCAUUUUUGUACACACAGUCCCAAAAAUGUUCUGACCGUUUUUCAUAAGCCUUGUCAUCCAUUUCUACUGAAUAAACUACUAAAUUUGGUUGGAAUAGGGUGUCUAUUGUUCUACCCCUUACUAUAGAUUCCAUGAAGUUUUUACACAAUUUCCUUUGUCCGAAAAAAAUUCACCAUGACAUCAUAUUUCUAUGCACUGAAUCCCUGAAACCUAUUUCCCACAUCAUCACUGUUACAAUCAGUGAACCGGAAGUUUAUCACUAGCUCUUUGAUUCCAUGACGUGGGAUCCUCUCCGAUAACCUAACUUUAGCCGUUUUAGCUACUUCUCAGAGACUAAAUCUGCUGUAUUUCUCCUGCAAAAUCAUUUUCACGCCUCUGCUAUCUCAAAAAGCAUAGUAAGACGAAAAAAGUUGCCGCGGGGGCAAAAGUGAAAGGGCGAAUAAAAGAAGUGAAUAAUUCACAAAACGUAAUGCAUGAGCACAGGAUGCCUGGACCAAGAAGAUUCGCACUGCCGCGCCUGCGAGCAUCCGAUUCGGGACCGUUUCGUCAGCCGCAUCCUCGACAGGUCGGUUUGAAAAUAAUAUUUCUUUCGUUCGAAAAGUUAAUUGGUCAAUAUACAGUUGAACGACUUUUCGAAAAAAUAUACGAUCUUGUGAUUAAAGAAAACUAAGAAUUUGAACCGAAUAACAAAAACACAAAAUAUAAUGACAUUGAUUCCCUAGUGCUUCUAAUAUCAAUCAAAGAUAGACUUUUUGUAGACAGGUCCAGUAAAACAACUUCAAACUAUUCAAUUUUGAACUUGAUUUACUUUCUUUGUGGAAGGGAAAAAAAACUAACAACAUUCCUGGACGUUCAAUGUGCUCAUUUUUGCUUUUUUCGUGAAACUCGUAACAAAAAAAUCGGGCACUUGGUAGUAUCAUAAAGGAAUAAUGUGAAAAAAAGUUGCGAUAUUUGAGCGAACGCUUUAUUUGUUCGAAUGAAUUUUUUGAAGCAGUCAUGUUGUUGAUUAAAUCUAGAGAAACUUGAUAUCAAAGCCAUAAAGCUCUUAUUGACAAGCUACCGACUCUUUUUCGUCCACAAACAGCCUCGAUAUGGUAAAGUAAUCUUCUUGUAUGGAGUGAUAUGACUUCCAAGCUUUCCUCCGUUUUUUUCUUUGUUAGCGAUGUAAGUCUGGAAUCAUAUAAUUAAAAAAAGUUAUUAUGACCAAUGAAGAGAGAAAAAGUUGCAGAAGUUACCAUACUGAAUGUGUUCGAUGUUUCACCUGCAACGAACAACUCGAUAGUACGUGUUUCUAUCGAGACGACCGUCUUUUCUGCAAACCUCACUUUUUCAAGUUUGUUCUUGUUUCUGUUCCACCCUAAUCUACCAAAAGGAUAUGAACCCAACUAAAUAUAAAAACAUAUCGUCUAAAGAUUGUUGAAAAAAAACUAAUCACAAUAACUCAAAAACUCAUUUCCCUUCCCUCAUCAUCCAGGUAUUACAAGUAGAAUCAUAAAAACUUUAUUAGCUGCCCCUGUCUCGUGAGCUUGGAAUAAUUUAUUGCGAAUCAACCGAAACUUUAAUUUAAACUCUCUCUUUUUCUGAUUAGAAUCAGUUUCGCUUACGGCAGGAAUAAAUCAUUCGUAUAUCCAUUGAGUCAUAACAUAUUUCUGAAAUUGCAGAAAAUACGGUACCAAGUGCGCCAACUGUGGAGAAGGAAUUGUGCCAGAUCAUGUCGUUCGAAAAGCUUCAGGUAUUCAAGGAAAACUUUUUGAAGUCGAAACGUUGAAAAUAUUAGAAUAUUAUUGCGUUUUUAUGGAAAAAAAAGUUAAAGCAUUCGUUUAAGGUCUGAAAAAAAAAAUGUUUUCUGGCAGCUUAAAUUUCGAAAAAAGUUAUGUAUGGCUUCUGGGUUGUCUUUUUCAUCUCUCCGAAAAUUCGGAAAAUUCCGGGAAAAAAAAAACAAAAAAGUCACACGGACAACUUUCAGGGCACGUUUAUCAUGUAGAAUGUUUCCAAUGCGUUGUCUGUAAAAGGCAGCUGGAAACUGGGGACGAAUUUUACCUGAUUGCCAAUGAAGCGAGGCUUGUCUGCAAAGCUGACUAUGAACUGGCCAAAGAAAAACGUGAGUUUUUGGCUCUUCAUCCAAAAACCUUGCAAAGCUAUUUUAGUUUCAGACGCCGAAGCUGACAACGGGAAUAAAAGGCCCAGGACAACUAUUUCAGCCAAAAGCUUGGAGACUUUGAAACAAGUUCGUCAUCAAUAUUCUGUGAAAAUAAAGUUAAAUAUUGGGAGGACCAUGCGCAUUAACUCUCUGAAAAACUUAUCAGAUGAUUUCUUGAAAUUUGGAAAGCAUACAGGACGUUGUUGGAAUAACUUUUUCGAAAAAAACUCUUGUUUUUUCGACAUCGAAAACAAAGACUUGUUGUAGGGACUGAUACAUGAGAAGAAUUUCAGUGUUGCCUAGCUUUCAAUUUUCAUUUUCUCGAGCUCUUCAUUUUCAUUUCAAAAUUUAAGUGACAUCAAAAACGUUUCCAGGCAUAUCAAGCGAGCAGCAAGCCAGCUCGUCACGUGAGAGAACAACUUGCAGCUGAGACCGGCCUCGAUAUGCGUGUUGUCCAGGUCAAUUUUCUCCAAAUCUCCAAAAGUCAAGAAAAUUGUAAAAUUACCAUCUUCCCGAUUCAAAAAAGUUAUAUUUCAUCGUUUCAACAUACUCUUCAGGUUUGGUUUCAAAACCGAAGAGCUAAAGAAAAGCGACUGAAAAAAGACGCUGGAAGACGGUGGAACGGCGUCAGCAAGACCGACAGCGAGAGCAACUCUCCUAGUGGAAGCAUCGCUGGACAGAGCCCUACUUACAGUAAUCUAAUUUGCUCGAACUUUGUGUGUAAUAUUGAGCUUCAGCUUAUAUUGACGGCAUCGGAGAGUCUGAUCAAAACCCUGACGGUGCUUAUUCAACUACUUCAGGUUGGAUUGUUUCCUAAACGCUCAGAAGAUCCAAGGGGAAAAUCUCUUUGAAGCUAUUCAACAUUCUUCCAUGUACUUAUUUCACUCUAAAAAAAAAUGGAUUUCAAUUUAUAUGUAUAUUCUCUUCACAAGAUGAAAUUGAUAUUUUCUAUAGUCUUUUUAUAAUUAAGUGCGUCUUCAGGCUCGGCAGAAGGUCAGACAAGUAUUACUCCAGGCCUGAUUCCUUCUGAAAUCGAUUACGCACCGGUCAGCCGAGCUCUCGAAAUUUCGUUGCCUCCUUCUACGGCUCUUUUGGGCAUAGAUGGAAUGCCGGUAAACAUUUUUGAAGCUCAGUUAUUCCGAAAAAAAUUAAACUAAAAAAACCGGUUUUGCUAAGGAAUCUCUGAUUUUGUUUUCUCUUUCUCAAAGGAAACAUUUUUUUCCUGUUUGGCUUUAUUGAGAUCUUUCUUAACAAUUUUUUUUGGAAAUUUUAGAAUGAAAAGCAAUAAUUGAUUUUUUUUUCAGUUUAUGUUAACAGGUUUUCUUUCCAAUUAGGAUCACUCUCUCAAAAAUUUGGGUGAGAUCCAAUUUAUGCCUCAGUAACGUUUUCAAAAACGACAAAACAUUUGAUUUGACGAAUCCAACUCGUUCUCGAUUUCCAGCUCGGAGCGCCUAGAAUGGACCUUUACAUGGACCUCGUGCAGCCGAUUGCCUCGGUGAACCCUCUCAUGAUCAACAACUUGAUGCAUCGCUACCUGCAGUAA